GAUUACAUACAUGAUUACACGGGUUUACAGAAUAGCACAAAAUAUAGAAAGAUUGUGCUCUUAAAUCAUCAUCAAUGAGGACCUGAAUGCUUAGGACGGCUAUUGUCAAUAUCUCGUUCUUAAAGGAGUGGUCCCACGAAAUUUUCGAUUUUUUUUUUAUUUGUUCUUUGGAUUCUCCGCUAUUCAAUUAGUAUAAAGCUUUUAUUCUUUUUUCGAAAAAUUGUUUAUUGAUCUUUUAAUCAAUGCGCAAAGAUUGUCUUUUUAUUAAGAACCUUUUGCUGUGACGUCAUAGUUGGCGAUGUUAGUUUCGAGCAUAGUCAUAAGAAAAAGAGAUAGUCUGGUAAUUCCGGGCCGUCCAUAAUGUGUUCCUAUUGUUCACAAGCAGAUAUGUUUCUUAAAUCGGGGUGGCCAGUUUAAGACUGCACGGAAAUAUCAAUAAUGGCUCCCCUUGGGGAGGAUUUCUUUGGUGAAGAUGAUUUUGAUGCAAUCUUGGCUGUUAUUGAUGAAGAUUUAUUAGAGAAAAAUCGUGAUUUAACUAAAGAAUUAUCCGAAAUUGUUGAAGAAAUAGUUGACGACCCUUCUGAAAGCUGUUUUUCCUGUGAUAUAUGCUCCAAAACAUGCAAAACACAACGGGGCCUCACAAGACACCGAAAUGCGAAACAUCGUCAGCCACAAAACCAGUUAAAUGACGACAGCCUCACUACUGCUGAAACCAAGCUCCAUCCGUUAUACUUUAAGAAGUACACCCAAUUAAGUGCAAGUAAACUUUCUAAAGAUGAAUGCUAUAGUGAGAAGACCAGAAAUGAAUUUGUCAAUUAUGUUAUUAGUAGUUUUAAAGGCGAUGCUGAAAAGUUUUAUCCGGCCUUCUAUAAAUCUGUGUCUGAAAAUAUUGUUUUCAGAAAUUUAUCAAAUCGAAGCUCUAUUCUCCUUGGUUUUGAAGUGGCUAAUCACGUACUUGCUCAUCUCACUAAUUCAACUGUAAAAGAAAACACUGUAGAAUUUUCUUCCCAUGUGAAUUUUUCACCCUAAGAAAGAAACAUAAUUCAAUAUCUAAGUGGUUAUGUAUUUAGUACCCUAUAUCGUCGCAUUAGGAGAUCAAAAAAAUCAAGAAGUAUGCUUGGAGUUUAAAGUUUGGACAUCUUAUUAGCUGGAAAGUCAUGUCUUGUGAAAGACGAUAAAAAUUCUGAUUUAGUAAAUAUGAAGGACAGAGGAGGGUUAUGGUCAGUAACCGAUGAUGUUUUUAGAAUUUUUUGUUGUGCAGAACUUGAAGUUCGUGCUGCAACUGCUAAUUUUCACCAUACAAUUGAUAGUAAGAAAAUUGUUUCAGACCUGCUUCAGAACCCUGUUGUGCUUUGUAAUUACAACAAAAUAACAUCACACUCAACCGAAAAAGUCACAAAAGAAUUAGCAAUGAACUUACUUGAGCAUCUCAUCAUGCUUUAUGUUCGUGUUCGUGUUUUUUCAUUUGUGAAAGAUAAAUGUGAGCUGCACAAAAUUGCAUCAAAACAGAAAAAAGCUCGAUCUCUAUGCACUGAAAUCAAGAAAUCUUCAAGCAAUCUUUCAGAUGGACAUUGACACUAAGAGUCCAGAACAGAACAAGAUGUAAUCCACAGUCUAAGUCAUCAAAGAAUAACUUUGAAAUAUGGUUCCAGGUGAUAUAACUUCCAUCAUUCCACAUACUUCUGGUACAUCUUCCUGCAAGAGAAUUACUCAGGCAAUUGCGGGCUGUUUUAAUUAAGUGUGGUGGAUCUGAGAUGAAGUAGAUGUACCGUUCCUCAUCCGCCAUAACAUUCAAAGUGCGGUAUGUUACGUCCACUCCUGCAUUAAUGACAGCUACACAGUCAUGUUUAGGUGCAUAUGGUACAUUCGUCGGUUUGGAGAUGCUCCAUCACUUGUGACACCAACAACUUUUAUGCCACAUUUUUCCUCCAGUAUGCAACCGCUUUCCAAAAGAGAGGAAACAAUUGAAUUGAUGUGACAUUGGUAGUAGCAAAAUUUGCAAAUGAAAAUUUUAAAGGAUUUACAAUGCUUCUCACAAGAAAAACUAAGACAUGAGAUGCAAUUUCAUCAACCUUUUUCAACGCAACAUAAUUUAGAUCAAUAUCACCAAGUUCAACUAAACCGAUAAGAUCACCAUUAUGCUUAUCCCACACAAGACUUUCUUGAAUUUUCAUUUCAUCCAUUAAUAAUAUUGCAUAUUUCUCAUGUGGUUGGAAUUUGGAGACCAUAUUACACAAUUCCUGGAUAACGUCUUUGUUAAAACCUUGCUUUGGACGAAUAUAGUUCUUAUAGUCCCUUAAACGACGUCUACUAGGGAGUACCAAGAAACCACUGUCUUUCUUAUCGUCAACACGAAUCUCAUCAUAAAAGGCGGGGGAUUUUGCAGCUAAACCCAAGCAGUAACGAAUGAUCAUAGGAUGAUAGCGAACACCAGUUUUCGAUGAUGAUAAAUAUUUCUGCUGCUCUUCCCAAAAAAAUUUCAUGAAUGGUGGUAUCUCGCGAUUAGUUGUUGACAUAAUUUUUAUGAAAUCAUCACCAAGACUUUUUUGGACUGGAACUGCACAAGUGGAAAUUUCAUCUUGCAUUUUCUUUAACUCUUCCUUUAAUUCUUUAUUUUCUAACCAGUGAUUUUGAAGGGUUUUUAUGAUUCGGUCUGGAGAAGUCAUGGAAAUUGGUGCUUUAAGUUUGGCAGGUGAAAUUAAAUUGUCCCUUUUCCUUUUCAAACUUAGGCUUUCUUUUGACUCCGACCUAACACAUUCCAACCGACUAAUUUCAAUAACUGAGUUUUAGAAAUAAAAUCUGUAAAUGACUUGUACUGAUCAGUAAUGACAUUUUCCACUGGUUCAAUUUUUUUCUGCAAAAUUGAUUGUGCUGAUUGACGAGGCUUAGAAGAUGUGGAGGAUGAAGGAAAACUUUUGAUAGGAAGGUUUAUUGUGGGGAUAGCACCGGGAACAAGUGUGGUUCUGCUAGAGUGGUUACGAUUCAUUUGAUCUUCGCUAAAGUGCUUUUCACAAAUAUAUAUUUUCUUUCUUUGAAUUCUAUCCCUUAGAGCAUGAUCAACUUCCCUAUCUCUUAUCACAACAUCAACUAACUUUUCUCUCCACGACUUUUCAAAUUGAUUCUCACCAGCAGGAACUUUAAAAAUAGAUAGACCUUUAUAUUUAGCCCUUCGUGAAACUGUGCAACCGUAUAUAGAGCAAUUUUCGCCAGGCAUGUUGAAAAUAAUUCUGUUUAAAUGUUUGUUAAUUCUCGGAUCCGGGUUAAUCACUGUGGUGUGACGUCAGCCCGGAUCCGAGAAUCCUAUGUUGUUUACAGUAACUAGUCACUUAAAUGCGCCAUUUUUCAACACGAGCGUGCAGUCAAAGCACUGGGUACGAGGUAUAUUCUGCUAACAAAAACGUAAACAAUAGAGCCGCGCGAUUCACCAGACUAUCUCUUUUUCUUAUGACUAUGUUUCGAGAGAGAUAGAGAGAGAGAGAGAAAAAAAGCUUGAUACUCAGAUCACAUAUAUGAACACAGACACAGCGGAGAAGAUUUAGAGUAUGUAUUAUUGAAGAAGAAAACAAUUUUGGAGAAGAUGAGGACGGUUAUGAUGAGAUGGAGACCUUUGAUGAGCUUUUUACAAGCACAGGGCUGCAACUUUUUUUAACUUGAGACCACUAAAUAAGAUGAUAAUAAAAAUAUUAAACUGAGAGAGAAACGAUAUUUUUAGUAAAACAUUGGAAAAGUUUUCGUGUUGGGAGAAACGAAUGGUGCAAGUGCGUUAACUGCAAGACUGAAACUAGGGAGAUUGAUUGUCUUUGUUGCACCAUAGUCACAAGAAAAAAGAUAGUCUAGCAACAAACAAUAGGCCAUUGUUCUAUGUUUUUACGGCUGAACUAUAGUGGCUCCCAAACCUCCGAUCCUGCACAGAAGUUCAAAAUGGCGCAUUUUUUGGGUGUUGUGUGUACUUAGUUUGGUGUUUUUAUUUCGACUUUGGGUGUUUUUCGUACAAGAUUUUACUAUGUCUGGUGAAAAUUGUGCUAUAUAUGGAUGCUCUGUAUCGAGGAGAAAUAAAGACAUCAGUAUUUUCAAAGUUCCGUUUUUUUAUCACAUGUGUGGCUAUAAAAAUAGCCAUUGUGGCAGAUUUUAUAGUUCAUGCCCGGAACUAGAUGAAUCAGUGACCCAUGUCUUUGCUGCUACUGGCUUUUUUAAUUUCAGUUCUCAAUGAUCUUUUCUUUGCAAGUUUUUUAGCAGCCUUAUGUUUUUCACGUAUGUCUCUAGCAUAGGAAAAGCUGCGAACUCUUGUAAACAUAGUAAGCAUGUGUUCCAGAAGAUUCAUACUGACUUCUUUACUGACUUGUGGAUCAAUGGUAUAACAGACACUUUUGAAAUUGGAAAGUACAGAACAGUUUUUGAGCAUAUUUUUAACAAGGUCUUGACAAUUUAGUGUUGUGCUGAAAUU